UUGUUCUUGACAAGGCUUGUUCGUCUGUGCUCUGUCAACUUUCAAGUUGCAGGUGCAAGCGAGCUGCUUUGCGACAAUGUUUCGUGCACAUCAGAGGUUCUCCUGAUCAACCAAGCACGCAGACAAAACUUGCAAUUGAUUGACAAGUUGGUGGCGGUGCGCCCAUUGGUAGCUAUGAAUAUUGUGGCACGGUUGGGUCGAGGAUUCUUGCGCGCUAACGUGCAGGCACUGGAUAGCACUGUGCGAAGCCUGCCACAUCUUGCAAAUCUCCUGCCUGUGCUUCCCACCACCACACUCCCUGAAACCAACCGCCCCGUCCCUCUGAGAACCGACGACAGCGAAGCAUCCUGCAGCAACCGAGAAACAGAGUCCUUGCACAAGUCAUCUGUUGAGGAUCUGACUUGGGGUGUCAGGCAGAGUGAGUACGGUGGAAGGCAUAGAGGACAGUAUAGCCCAGAAACGACAAGAUGGAUGUCAAGCGUGCCGGUUUCGGUGGACGAAACCGAGGGGAGUGGACAAGUAGAGCGGUUCCAGACAGAAGCGGUGGAUCCCUUCUCCCUGGUGGCGGAUGAGCUGGCUCAGCUGGGGGCGAAAAUGAGAGACAUGGUCGCAACCGAAGUCCCAAAAUUGGCUCAGGCGGCCGAGUACUUUUUUCGGAUGGGGGCAGAGGGGAAGCGUUUCCGACCAACGGUACUUUUGCUGAUGGCGACAGCUGUCUCCACGUCAAUACCGGGGAGUACCCUCGCUGCCGAGGCGCAAAGCAUCCGCGAUCGGCAACGGCGGAUUGCUGAAAUCACGGAGAUGAUACAUGUGGCGAGUUUGUUGCACGAUGAUGUUCUGGACUCUUCCGACACGCGACGGGGCAUCAGCUCGCUGAACUUUCUGAUGGGGAACAAGCUGGCGGUUCUGGCUGGGGACUUUCUGCUCGCGCGUGCGUCCGUAGCGUUGGCAUCCUUGCGAAACGUUGAGGUGAUUGAGUUGCUGUCGCGCGUGCUGGAGCACCUGGUGUCGGGCGAGAUCAUGCAGAUGACGGGCGAGCCGGAGGCGCGCUGCAGCUUCGACUACUACAUCAAGAAGACGUACAACAAGACGGCCAGCCUCAUCGCCAACAGCUGCAAGUCGGUCGCGAUCCUCGGGGGCCAGCCGCCGGACGUUGCGGGGCUUGCGUACGACUACGGACGACAUUUGGGACUGGCGUUUCAGAUCGUGGACGACCUUCUCGACUUCGUGGGCACCAGCCUGGUGUUGGGCAAGCCGGCACUGGCCGACUUAAAUCAGGGCAUUGCAACGGCGCCGGUGCUGUUUGCGGCCGAGGAGUUCCCUAUGAUGGAAGACCUGAUAAAGCGGAAGUUCGCUCGGAGCGGCGAUGUUGAGCAGGCUCUUCAAUGGGUACAACAAAGCAAGGGCUUGGAGCGGGCUCGAGAGCUGGCUGCGUAUCACGCUUCGCAGGCAGUGCUGGCCAUCGAAAGGCUUCCUCCUCCAGAGUCACAAGGGGCCGCACAAAGUCGACGAGCCCUCGUUGACCUCACACAACGGGUACUGACACGGAAAAAGUGAAGCAGAAGUGGGCACGUGCGAGCGGAAGCUUAUGUUUGGAUGCACGCUCACAGUCAAGGUAACGGAGACAGUUGGGCGGGGUUACGCAUCAGCUUAUUUUUGCCUUAUUAGGUAAGUAUUACAAUCUGGUGGUUUAUCCAGUUCAUUGUAUAGCUUCAGCUUUAAGCCUGCGCUUCUUGCCAAGAAAAGCUACUUGUGCGGCGGGCGGCGGGCUUGGCGGCUUGCGGAUGUUCUCAUGGUUGCACGGCAUUCCUGGUAUAGUGCAUUCUGAUUUGGCAUGUGCAUCUGCGCCAGGGCUGCCGCGAGAACAGUUUCUUUCUAAGUUUGGAAC